AUGCAAGCAUCCAAAUGUGCAGUUGUUAUGCUGCUGAUGCUUGUGGCCUUGUUGUCAAACAUGGCGACGAAUGCCCAGACGUAUCCACCUGCGAUACCAAAGGAUAAGUUCAAGAUGGCUGUGAUAUUGAGUGGAGACUUCACAGACUUGGGCUACAACUAUAUUUGUAACCAGGCGCUGAUCAAUGUCCAACGCAAAUUCCAACUGUUCAACCAGACAAAGAUCAUUACCAACAUCUUCACGCCAGAGGGCACCGAGGCCGUCAUCCACGAGCUGGUCGCCGAGAACUACACGCUGAUCGUUGGCGCAUCACUUGAGCACAGCGUCGGCACCAAGGCCAUGGCCAUUAAGUACCCAAACGUCUACUUCCUGAUCCGUGACAUUGAGAUGCCCACGAUUCCCAACGUACGCAGCAUCUUCAUUGACUUUGGCAUCGGUCACUACAUGUGCGGCGUCAUGGCCGCGCUGACCACCCGCUCCAACAAGAUCGGCAUCGUCAUCCCCGGUCCACCCUCGCUCGGCUACAUUACAUCCAACUCGUUCUAUCUUGGCGCACGCAAUGUCAGUAACGACGUGAAGGUGUACCUUAUCGAAUCGGGCUCUUGGCUGAACCCGGACCUCGAGGCCGGCGCCACCAACCAGCUUCUGGACUUGGGCGUCGACGUGUUUGCCAUGAGCGCUGACGACCUCACCGUGCAAAAGACUGCGGCAGCUCGUGGCGCCACGUCCUUCUGCACAUCUGGCUACCCAUGCUACAACAUCCUUGGCGAGUCCAUCCUCACAAGUAUCCUCUACAACUGGACCAAUUCCUACCACGACGCUGCCUUUGACCUCCUCAACGGUACCUGGACACCCAAGCUAGUCUAUGGCACUCUGGCCGAUGGCAGUCUUGAGUUUGACACCCAAUACAGUUACUUGCUCGCACCAAGCAUCAUCAAGAGACUUAGGGACUCGAUGGAAUAUUGGAAACAGUUCCCAUUGGAGGACCUGCCAUAUGCCAGCAACCCAAUCUUUUUUGAAACUUAUGGAAAGACCAGACUGUCACCAUAUGACCUGCUCAAGAGUGAGAAGUAUCUCAAUGGUACCACGUACAUGGGUCGUUACGAAGUGCCAGCCAUCGAGUUCAAGGUGUCCGAGUCUGUAGUCAUCGUGUUUGUAGUCUGUGGCGCAUUGCUCGCAUUCAUCACGAUGGUCUACCUCGCGGGUGUGGCCUUCUUCCGCCAGACCAAGAUCAUGCGCUCGGCCAGCCCCCUCUUCUGCAUGAUGAUCCUCGUUGGCGCACUUAUUGUCGCCGCGGCCAUCAUCAUCUGGAACAUGAACGCCACGAGAGACGUCUGUCGCGCGCGUCUCUGGCUGCUCUCUCUGGGCUACACGGUGAUCGUUGGCAACAUGGUGAUCAAGAACUUCCGCAUAUGGCUCAUCUUUGACAACCCCCGCCUCAAGCGUCUAAAGAUCACCAACAUCAAGCUGCUGCCGUGGGUGCUGGGCAUGAUCCUCGUGAACCUGGCGCUGCUCAUCCCAAUCACGAUCGUCGGCCAUGUCAACGCCAUCCGCUCGUACGACUUUGACGGUGUGGGCAUCUACAACUACCGCAUGACGUGCGACAUGACCAAAGACGGCAGCGUGAUAUUGUACGUGCUGCUGGCCUACCACGGCCUGAUGCUGCUGAUCGGCUGCUUCGUCUCGUGGAAGAUCCGCACGGUCGACGUGCCCGAGUUCAACGAGUCCAAGCCCAUCGCCAACACGAUCUACGCCAUCGCCUUUUGUCUGUUUAUCAUCAUCCCGCUGAUGGUGUCGCGCCAGUCCUAUGACGGCCAGAACAUCAUCAUCUGCGCGUCGUCCGUCUUUGUGACGGGCUCGGCCGUGCUCAUCCUGUUCACGCCCAAGUUCUGGCGACUCUACACCAAGGGUGUCAACGCCAACCCAUUCUCCAAGUCGACCACCUCGCUCUCCUUUGGACCAUCGGCCAACACCCGAGAGUUGGACACCACUGCCGGCGUCUCCAUGGAUCAAUACUCUGCCACCCAACAGAACUCACACACGCCACCACCUCCAGUAGCCGUUUCCCAAGACACUGAAGCAUCCUGA